CAGUCUCACACACACACACACACAGACACAUAGUUCAAGGUUAUUCAAUAUAUCCAAACACACCGCCUGUCUGCUGGGAACUGGGAGAUUCACAAAAUACCUGUGCAGGUACGCAGAUAGGUUUCAGCCCCUGGGGCACCAAUCAGGAGCAAGAGACGAGGCCCCUGGGCGUGGCCUUCCCACACCACCAAUCCCCAGCGCCUGUGCGCACCGUCUCCAGACUGAGAGGCUCUGAAGCGGAGCUCAGUGACAGGGUGCCGGAUAGACUGUACACCGAGAGAGACGCUGCAUAGGCUAAAUAAGAAACCUGCCAGCAAAGCAGGGAACUCAGACCGGGACACAAAGCACCGGGAGAGACCGGGCUGCUGAUGAAGGGGCCCCGACUGUGACAUUCUGCGUGAACAAAGCGCACGCACGGUGUGUGUGUGUGUGUGUUACUAUACGGGGCGGAGUGAGACAGUGACACUGGACAGCUGAUUUGACAGGGACUCGGGGCUAGAGAUCUGCAAAGCUACUCGACCAGGCUGCCUGUGUUCGAUACCGUCAGCGCAGACAAAGCGCCCCGGGGCCAGGGGAGAGAGACGGACUCAGCUGGACCGGACUGUCCCUGUGUUACUGUCUCGAUACCCGGAGUCAUGCAAAAACAGCGGCCCGGCCGGGGGAAAUCCGCGCUGCCGCCCAGCUAUUACGAGGGGUUUAUUGAGAAGAAAGGGCCCAAGGAAAAGGAGCACAAGCGAUACUGGACGAGUCUGAUCGGAGACACUCUGUUCUUCUUCAAUAACUCCCGGGACACCACGUAUGUGGAGAAACUCUGUCUGUCUGGUUUCCUGUCGCUGACUGAUGACAACAGCCGAGACAAGAACCUGGAGGCGGGGCGCCUCACACUGAAGAUGCGCGACGGAGAGUUCCGACUGACGGUUCCCAGUCUGGAGGCCCGGGAGCUGUGGAAGGGAUUCAUCUACACCAUCGUUAAGCUCGCGGUGCCCCAUUCCCUCACUCUGCUGCCCGGUCAGAUUCACCUGCUGCAGGAGGUCCUGUCAGAGGAGGAGAAGAGGCGCAGGAAGCAGGAGGAGAGCGCAGCACCCCCCGCAGGCAGCCCUGCGAACUGCACUGAGCAGGAGACAGACCUGCCCAGCUGCUUCAACAAAGUGUCCCGGACGGAGGCAGAGUCUCUCCUGGAGAAAUACCCGGACUGCGGGAACCUGCUGCUGCGCCCGGGCAGAGACGGGCAGAGCUAUGCUGUGAGCACCAGACAGGAGCUCAACGGGUCUUCGGUGAUGAAGCACUACCGGGUGGGAAGGCAGGGCCCAGGCUACCUGAUCGAGGUGGAGAAUCCUAUCUCGUGCUCCUCUCUCUGUGACGUGGUGAGCUGCUUCAUAGAGAAGACGGACCGCACCCUGGUGCCCUUCAUCCUGCAGGAGGACUACGAGCACAGCAUCAGUUUUGUUCAGUCGGACAGAGACAGUGGGGAGGACACUGUGCAGCGUGCCCGAGCGAUCUCGACCCCCAAACCCCCCCUCCCUCCCAAAAAACCAGGUAUCCCCUCUCCUCGGGCUUCACUUCCCACCCUGUACACCGAACCAGAACCCAUCCCAGAACCGGAACCAGAGGAAAACUUUUACCUGAACGACUACUGUAAUGCUCAGAGUGCGGAGGACGCUGUGAAGAAAGGUCAGGCUGACCACUCCCCCCGACCGCCCCUCCUGCCACCCAAACCAGCUCCCACAAUGAUGAACCCAGUGAAUAUGAAGACUCCCCUGAAGCCCCCCGUGUGUCUCAAACCCAAACCCAGCCAGCGCCCCCCCUCCGAAUCCACGGCAACCGUGAAGCCCCCGUUACCACAGCAAUCACAGCCCAACGAGGUGCUGCUGCAAAGUGUAACAGAGGAGCUGCGUGAAAAGCUGCUGCAGAGGCGAGGUUAUCUCAGCUGAGAGACGGGGCGCAGGCCAGGGGGCGGGGCGGGGCCCGGGAUGUAGUGGUAGAGUUAAAGAGCACAUUUGAAAUGACGCUGCUACUUCAAAAUGCUCCACAAAAUGACUAAGCAGCCCGUCCUGAAACAAGGACAGAGGCACUGAAUGGGUUAAAGCAUCUCGUUUCUCCUCCACACAGCGCUAAUGCAGGGUUGAUAGCGUGCUGCUGUAGCGCUGCUCCUCAGAGCUGCUGAGUGGAAUCGCUGCUUCUCUGAGUUUAGAACCUCUUCUGAUUCACCAGAACUGAGCGGCUGAGCAAACGGCUUCCUCUUCAGACACACGGAGAGCGACGUGAGUCACGAGCGCUCAGAUCAGCACAUCCAGCAGCCCUACAGGCUCAACCCAGCAUCGUGCACCUCGGUGCACAAAGAAAAACGCGGUUUUAUUUGCAAGGCACGUAAUUCCCUUUGUAUGUUAAACUUUUCAGGAAUUCAUGUAUUAAACAAACAGUGCUGUAAA